CCUCUCUCUCUCUCUUCUCUCUCUCUCUACCUCUCUGUCAGCUCGCAGCCGAGCGAAUCUCGCGCACUUCUCCGGGGAAUAGUACUCGAGGAAUCGGCAGCGCCGGAAGUCGAAGAGCGGAGCCGCCGGCGACACUCUCCGGCAAUGUGCACCUCACGCGCCGCCACCGCCCUGCUCGUCUCCCUGCUCGUGAGCUCGGCGAUAUCGGUCCUCGUCUCUGCUCAGGGAUCUACCUCUAGUCCAUGGCAAACUCUCUCUGGCAAUCCACCUUUAGUCAUUGCAAAGGGUGGAUUUUCAGGGAUCUUUCCGGAUUCUAGCUCUGCAGCCUACAGUUUGGCAUUGAUCACAAGUGUACCUGAUGUGGUAUCAUGGUGUGAUGUCCAAUUAACAAAAGAUGGGGCUGGCAUAUGUGCUCCAAGUGUCAAGUUGGAUAACUCUACUGACAUUUCAAACAUUUUCAAGGAUCAGAGUAGAACAUACUCUGUUAAUGGCAUGGAUACUCAAGGAUGGUUCUCCAUUGAUUUCACCCUGAAUGACCUUGCUAACGUCGUCUUAACUCAAGGAAUUUAUUCUCGAACUAAUAAGUUCGAUGGCAAUCUCUUUCCAAUACUCACAGUCCAAGACAUGUUCAGUCAGGUGAAACCGCCUGCGUUAUGGUUGAAUAUUCAGCAUGACAUGUUCUUCACACAACAUAACUUGAGCAUGAGAAGCUUUGUGAUUGCCACGUCUAAAAGUGUAAUUAUCAAUUAUAUCUCAUCACCAGAAGUGGAUUUCUUAAGAAGCAUUGCUGGACGAGUCAGCCCCACCACAAAAUUGAUCUUCAGGUUUAUGGGAAAAGAUGUUCUUGAGCCUUCAAUUAACCAGACAUAUGGUUCUCUGUUGAAGAAUCUUACGUUUGUCAAGACAUUUGCUUCUGGGAUACUAGUACCAAAGGUUUAUAUAUGGCCUGUUGAUGGCAGUAACUACUUGCAAGCUCAUACCUCUCUCGUUUCAGAUGCUCAUAAAGCAGGACUCACAGUUUUUGCAUCUGAUUUUGUAAAUGAUGUUCCUCUUAGCUACAAUUACAGUUUCGAUCCUGUGGCUGAGACUCUAUCUUACGUUGACAAUGGUGCAUUCUCCGUAGAUGGUGUGAUCACUGAUUUCCCGAUAACUUCAUCCGCAGCCAUUCGUUGUUUUGCCCAUCCAAGCAAAAAUAGUUCAGUACAAGCUAAGCCGCUGGUUAUCUCGUUCAAUGGGGCAAGUGGUGAUUAUCCUGGUUGCACUGACUUAGCAUAUUCAAAAGCUAUUCAAGACGGGGCUGACAUUAUCGACUGUCCUGUUCAAAUGUCGAAGGAUGGAAUCCCUUUUUGCUUGAGCUCCGCAAAUCUUAUAGAUAGCAGUAAUGUUGCAACAACAAAGUUUCGCAACCUUAUGACAACAGCUCCAGAGAUUCAGUCAGGGACUGGAAUAUUCAGUUUUAGCCUCAACUGGAGUGACAUCCAGACAUUGACUCCGGCAAUUGCAAGUCCGUAUUCGCAGUUCAAAAUAUUCAGAAAUCCAGCCAAUAAAAAUGCUGGAAAGUUCCUAUCGUUGUCGGAAUUUCUUGUCUUGGUGAAAAAUUCUUCCGUAUCUGGCGUCUUGAUCGGCAUAGAGAAUGCUGCCUACCUUGCCGAAAAGCAGUCAUUGAGCGUAACUGAUGCUGUCCUUGCUGCUUUGAGUAAAGCUGGUUUCAGUAAUCAGACAGAAAAGGUCAUGAUUAAAUCCACCAACAGCUCUGUUCUGAUGAAUAUCAAAGAGAAUGCCAAUUAUAAGCUUGUGUAUGAGGUUGAUGAGAACAUUCGUGAUGCCAAUAACGAUACUGUUCUGGACAUUAAAAAAUUUGCUGACUCUGUGGUUGUCAUGAAGAAUUCUGUCUUCCCGGAAAAUCAGUUCUUUCUUACUGGUAUCACAGAUGUUGUGACAAAGCUCCAUGCCUUCAAGCUCCCUGUUUAUGUGCAAACAUUCAGCAAUGAAUUUGUGUCCCAAGCAUGGGAUUUUUUCUCAGAUGCCACUGUUGAGGUGAACUCUUUUGUUGUGGGAGGUGACGUCGAUGGUGUGAUCACUGAUUUCCCCAAGACUUCUGCUUCAUACAAGAGAAACAAAUGUUUAGGCUCGGCUGCCCCUCCCUACAUGAGUCCUGUUCAGCCUGGCAGUCUCAUGCAGGUGAUAACUACUCCAAUGUUACCACCUGCUCAAGCUCCAUACCCUGUCCUGAUCGAGUCGGAUGUAGAUGAGCCACCAUUGCCAGCCGUAAAACUGCCUUGGCUCCCGCUUCAAUAGGUGGGUCCACUGCACCAGUGCCAACACAGCCGAAAAGUGGCCAACCUAAACUCCCUGCUAGUAUCUUCCUUUCGAGUCUAGUGAUGCUCCUCCCGACGUUGUUUCUACUUUGAAAUUCUGUUCGGCAACUGGUGACUCGAGGCCAUCUUCGAUUUUGCCAUUUCAUUAAGCGGAUUUUCGACUGUGCUGGAGGUCUUACUGCAUGUUUAUGGAGCCAACUAUCGGAGAUUUUCCCACUUUUGACUUGAAGCAGUGAGUUACAUUUAUUACUUCCAUGGAUUAGGUAGAUUCAUUUUUCUUGUAAUUCGGAAACGUUUUCCUCUGAGGUACAUGCUUAUUUUUAUUGCUCUUUUUCUUCUUUUUUUUUUCAUUUUCCUUUUGUAAAGAGAUCAUUCUCGUGUAAUUAGUAUUAUGAACACCGAUUGUUUUAGCCCGCUAUUUUGCAUGCAUUUAAUUCAUCAUCUGCUAUUGGAUCUAAA